GGAGUCGCGCCGGCCGGUGAUCUGGACCUGCGCCGCUUAGCCCUCAGCAGAUUCGUCUCUGCGGCCGGACGCUCGGGACUCUUGACUCCACCCGCAGGGACCGGAGCGUCGCGUCGCGUCGGGAGCGCCUGCUCAUAGACACAAGUAUGUACCCAGUCGGAGGGAUUUCAGCAAGCAUAUUCGCUAACAGGCUACGGGCAGAGGGCAUGGGCUCCAAGGAGCAUGCGGUACCCUUCUCAAACCAGGACUAUGAGCUCCUGAAGCAGGAGUGCCUGGAGGUUGGCUGCCUGUUUGAAGACCCUUGUUUCCCUGCUGAGCCUCCUACCCUUGGCUUUAAGGAACUGGCCCCUUACUCCUCGAAGACCAGGGAUGUGGAAUGGAUGAGGCCCACGGAACUGACCGAUGACCCUCAGUUCAUCCUGGAUGGCGCUACCAGAACAGAUGUCUGUCAGGGCGCACUAGGGGACUGUUGGCUUUUGGCAGCCAUUGGAUCCCUGACACUGAAUGAGAAGCUUCUUCACCGGGUUGUUCCUCAUGGUCAGUCCUUUCAAGAUGACUAUGCUGGAAUAUUCCAUUUCCAGUUCUGGCAGUUUGGAGAAUGGGUAGAUAUUGUGAUUGAUGACAGAUUGCCAGUUAAAGAUGGAGAGCUUAUGUUUGUUCAUUCUGCUGAGGGCAAUGAAUUCUGGAGCGCUCUUCUAGAGAAGGCGUAUGCCAAGCUGAAUGGCUCCUAUGAGGCUCUGUCUGGAGGCAGUACCACUGAAGGUUUUGAGGACUUUACAGGCGGUGUGUCUGAGAUGUAUGAGCUUCGCAAAGCUCCCAGAGACCUGCACAGGAUAAUUGCCAAAGCCCUGGAGAGAGGCUCCCUGCUGGGCUGUUCCAUUGACAUCACCAGUGCCUUUGACAUGGAGUCCGUCACAUUCAAGAAGCUUGUGAAGGGCCAUGCCUACUCAGUCACAGGUCUUAAGCAGGUAGAUUUCCGUGGCCAGAUGGAGAGACUAAUCCGUGUACGUAACCCCUGGGGCCAGGUGGAGUGGACUGGUGCCUGGAGUGACAACUCUCCUGAAUGGGAUGAGAUUGACCCAUCUGAACGCGAAGAUCUGCAUCUUCAAAUGGAAGACGGGGAGUUUUGGAUGUCCUUCAAUGAGUUCUUGCGGCAGUUUUCCCGUUUAGAGAUCUGUAAUCUGACUCCUGAUGCUCUGAGUGAGGAUGGCCUUAGCUACUGGAACACCAUCAAGUUCCAUGGCACAUGGAGGAGAGGCAGCACGGCUGGGGGCUGCAGAAACCAUCCCAACACAUUUUGGAUCAACCCUCAGUAUAAGAUCACUCUGUUGGAGGAAGAUGAUGACCCAGAGGAUGAUGAGGAGGCAUGCAGUUUCCUAGUGGCUCUUAUGCAAAAAGACCGGCGGAGAUAUCGUCGCCAAGGUCAAGAUAUGCACACUAUUGGAUUUGCUAUCUACGAGAUUCCAGAAGAGUACAAGGGCUGCCAAAAUGUCCACUUGAAGAAAAACUUCUUUCUGAACCAUUCAUCCUGUGCUCGCUCCGAGACCUUCAUUAAUCUGCGAGAGGUGAGCACUCGUCUUCGCCUGCCUGCUGGGGAGUACCUCAUCGUUCCCUCAACCUUCGAUCCCAAUAAAGAGGCCGACUUUGUCCUCAGGGUCUUCACUGAGAAGCAAUCAGAAACCGAAGAGCUCGAUGAUGAAAUUUCUGCUGAUUUGAGUGAUGAGGAGGAUAUAACUGAAGAUGACAUCGAUGAAUCUUUUAGGUCCAUGUUUGCUCAGUUAGCAGGAGAGGAUAUGGAGAUUUCUGUUUGGGAGCUUAGGACCAUAUUGAACAGAGUUGUGUGUCGGCAUAAAGAUCUGAAGACUGAUGGCUUCAGCAUGGAGUGCUGUAGGACUAUGGUCAACCUCAUGGAUAAGGAUGGCAGUGCCCGUCUAGGCUUGGUGGAGUUUCAGAUCCUGUGGAACAAGAUCCGAAAGUGGCUGGUCGUUUUUAGACAGUUUGACCUCGACAAGUCAGGGGCUAUGAGCUCAUACGAGAUGCGUCUCGCUGUGGAGGCGACAGGUUUUAAACUGAACAACAGACUGAACCAGAUCCUGGUGGCCCGUUAUGCCGAGAACGAGCUUAUUGACUUUGAUAACUUCAUCUGCUGCUUGGUUAAACUUGAGGCCAUGUUUAGAUUUUUCCGCCAACUUGACAAGGAUGGAACGGGAGUAGCAGAGAUGAAUAUCACAGAGUGGUUGUACAUGACCAUGUGUGGUUGAAGAGGACCUUCUUCAUCAGAUGAGGAAUGUAAAAAUAUUGCUACGGUGUCCUGAUAGGUGCCAUGACCCCGGAGCCCAUGAAACACUAAGCCUUAGCUUGCCGUUUGUAAACGACCCUUCUUGCACAUCCCACCUCAGUAUACCUGUAGUAUUGUGUCUAAUGGAAAGAGGGCCAACCAAGGUGAUUACUUAAUGCCUGUACCAUAGAAACUAUGCAAAAUUACUUAUUAAGCAGUCAUUAUGCUAUAGACUUUUAACCUCAAUUAUAAACAGCAUGGGUCAGAAAGCAUGAGGUAACACUAGCUGAAAUGUUAAUUGUACUAACUGAUUUUAUACUGCCUUAAUGUUUGUUGUGCUGUCUUUGAGUGCACGUCAACUUUUCGUUAGAACCACCACUUCAACCACUGCUGUCAUGAAUCUUUGUGAGCGUAUUUCUGUAGAGAUUGUGAAAUAGCGUAAACAUUUUUGUUUUUGUAAAUGCAGUGCUUUGAAAUACAUAAGUUUAGUCCUAUUCAGUGCUUAUGUUUACAUUCAUGUUUCCAUUUUUUCUGAUUUAAUGAAAACAAAAUGACACAACUUGAAGACACUUUUUCUUUACAACUGUAGGUGGCAGUACAGACAAUACCUUCUAUGCAUAAAAAUAAAUAUUUGCCCCAUAGUUUGUGGCAAAUGUUUCUUUUUAGGUACAGCUGGUCUUGUCUGAGUUAAUUCUAUUUUCAGCCUUUUCACUUAUUGAACCUGAAGUUCAAUCCUGACCUGUUUUACAUGGUAUUGUCAUUGCAUUAAGAAACGGCCCACUUUACUGAAUUCAGCAUGAAAUCCCUUCAGCUUACUUCUGAACUUAAUGUUACUCUUGCAGUGUGUUGUUUUAGGAGUCACAUUUACAGGUAACACAGAAUUAAACUAAGAGCCUUAAACUUACUCUUUAAACACAGAUAAAACUUGUAAAUCAUGUUUGUGUGUUGUGAAUGUAUGCUGUGCCUUCAAAAACAUGUUAUCCGUAAAAAAAAAAAAGUUUUAUG